GGGUGGCUCGGCUGCACGGGCGCGGAAUAGUGCACCGGGACAUAAAGCCAGAAAACAUUUUAGUUGCUGCUGCUGCUGCUGCUGCUGCUGACGGCGAGAAGCUGCUGCAGCAAGGCGUUGCAGUUCUCAAGAUUGCAGACCUCGGAAUGGCCCGGAAGAUGAGGCCCGCGCUGGCCCAAAAACCCGCAGUUCGGCUGCAGCAGGCGCUGCUGCAGCAGCAGCAGCAGCAGCAGCAGCAGCAACGCAGGCACUGCGACGCAGCAGCAGCCCUCACGCUCCCCGCGGGCGCCAAGGCCCACUGCUGCGCCCACGCAGCCGCGACGGCCAGCGAGAAACAGCAGCAACAGCAGCAGCAGCAGCAGCAACAGCAGCAGCAGCAGCAGCAGAAUGGACAUGUCUGCUGCAGGCGCUCAGGAGAUAGCAGCCGCCGCAGUGGGAGCGUCGGCGCUGGACAGAAGCUUAGAAGCAACAGCAGCAGCAACUACAGCAUGAAAGCAGCAGCACCUCCUGCUGCUUCCGGAGUUAAGCAGCAGCAGCAGCUGCAGCAGCAGCCGCAGCUCGUGCAGCACAGCAGCAGCAGCAACAGCAGCACUGUGGCUACAACUGCUAUGUCCCGGUCAGCAAGCGGCCGCGGCUUGAGGUCCACUGGUCAAUCUGCUGCUGCUGCUGCUGCGCUGCAGCGCAGCAGCAGCAACAGCAGCCUCAGCCGAAGAAGCGACUUAGCAGCAAAAGAACAGAGACGGAAUGCCAGCGAGGAGGCCUCGGCCCAGUCACUGCAGCAGCUUGGGGCCCCUCUGGGGGCCCCCCUGGGGGCCUCAUUCAGCAGCAGGACAAAUGAACAAAGGCCGCGGGGGCCCCCUUCGAGGCAACGAGAGGGGCCCUCUUGUCCUGUGCCCCUCAGCAGGAGGCGCCAGUGCGCUGGGAGUGAUGAUGAAGUUGUCAGAAGCCCUUGGCGGUGCGCGAGGCCUGCAGCAGCCAGCGCCUCCACUUCGCUGCUGCCUUCUUUGCCCCCGCGGCCUCCGUUGUCUUUGAGGGGCCCCUCAGCAGCUCGGGGGGCCCGGGGGUCGGGCAAUUUGGAUGCUGCUGCAGGUGGAAGCCACCCAACCUGUUUCGCUUCGGCCGGCCGGCCACUCUCGGUGAUUAAAAAGACCCUUCACGGACUCAACGAACGCUGGCAGAUCUCAGCUCCUCGCAUGCACUAA